GGAUUUUAAUUUGUUGCCAUUUUUUCCCUACAAACGCAUUGAAAUCGUGAUCUGCUUAUCUAAAAGAUUCUGUUCUCUGAAUUCUUAAAUAAUGGAGCUUCUAGAAAUGAUUAAGACUUGAAUUCAAGGCGACUAACAGGUAGAAUGGAGGCUAAAAGUAUUGAAGUAUUGACUUCCACGAAGUGAAGCCGAAAGCUUCCCGAAUUGUUGCAAGUUCUAGAUUCUUCAACCCUCCCGUCUGCUAUGCAGUCGGGGUAUCGUUUACUACAGGAGGAGGGUCAAAGUCACACUCUUUCAAACAAACUUACUCCAACCUCAAGAAUUCUCCUCCAAAUCAGAAGGAUGAAGGUGUUCCUAGCAUGGAGCCUAGUGAUUGCAGUCAUCGCCUCAGCAAUCCAUUACUUUUCUUUUCCCUGGAUUGCAUUCCCUGGUCUUUKGUUCAUUGCAUUUUUAGCGUCUGGUGGACCUUCUUUUCCAAAGGUGUUUUUUCGUACGAUAACUCGUGACUUGAGUGGUAUAUUUAUUUUGGGUCUCAUGCAAUUGAGAGCCCUCUUCUACAACUACAAGAAUUACAACAUCACCGAUAUCUUCCAGAAAACCCUUAAAAAGUAUCCUCGCAAAGUUGCCCUCCAGUUUGAAGGCAAGAGUUGGACAUUCCAAGAAGUAGAUGAAUAUUCUAACCGCAUUGCAAACUUCUUCAAGUCCAAAGGAUUUGGAAAGGGAGAUGUAGUGGCACUGUUUAUGGAAAACAGACCUGAAUAUGUCUGUCUUUGGCUUGGAUUGGCAAAGAUUGGUGUCAUUACAGCACUGAUUAACUUCAACCUGAAGUUAGAUUCUUUGUAUCACUGCAUUGCUGUGUCUGAAGCCAAAGCUCUCAUAUUUAGCAGUGAUUAUUCUGAUCCUGUAAAGGACAUUUUAGACAAGCUCAAGAACAAAUUGCAGCUUUACAGCCAUGGUCAAAACUCAAACAGUAAAGUAGAUUCCGUUAAUCUGGACCAACAUCUAAAGGAUGCAUCAACAGAGCAACCAACAGCUGAUUUCAAAAAGAGCUUUACAGACAAAUUGCUGUACAUUUAUACCUCUGGUACCACUGGACUCCCCAAACCUGCUAUUAUCAGGACAUCAAGGUUUUUCCUGGCAUCAGGUUUUGCGAACCUUUUUAACUUAGGAAGCAACGAUGUUGUCUACUGUACCUUGCCUCUCUACCAUUCAGCYGGUGGGUUGGCUUGCAUUGCUUACUGCUUUGUCCAUGGUUGUACUGUCGUCAUAAGAAGGAAAUUCUCGGCCAGUAGAUUCUGGGAUGACUGUAUUGAGUACAAAGUGACUGCUUUCCAGUAUAUUGGUGAGUUGUGUCGCUAUCUCCUCGCACAGCCCCCUCGUCCAUCAGACACCCAGCACACCGUAAGAGUAGCCAUCGGUAAUGGACUGCGCCCAAAGAUCUGGCAAGAAUUCCAAUCACGUUUUAAAAUCAAGCAAAUCGGAGAAUUCUACGGUUCCUCAGAGGGGAAUGCCAACCUUGUCAACACGGACAAUACUGUCGGAGCGUGUGGCUUUACAUCCAUGAUAGCUCCCAGAUUAUUUCCAGUGAAGCUCAUCCGUAUUGAUCUAAAGACGGGGGAGAUACUAAGAGGGCGGGAUGGACUGGCUAUCAACUGUAAACCAGGUGAAACUGGUGUUCUAGUUGGAAAGGUUAUCAUGGGGAGUGCUGUUUUUCGCUUCGAUGGUUAUCUCAACCAGAAAGACACAGCCAAGAAGCUCGUCCGAGAUGUUUUUUCCAAAGAUGAUGUGGCCUUUGUGUCCGGUGAUGUGGCCAUACAGGAUGAGUAUGGAUACGUUUUCUUCCAAGACCGCACUGGCGACACCUUCCGAUGGCGAGGCGAAAAUGUAUCGACUGCCGAGGUUGAAUCGAUUGUGAGCAAAAAGGUUGGGUUAAGCGAUGUUGUUGUUUAUGGUGUAGAARUUCCUGGAGCAGAAGGAAAGGCAGGAAUGGUCACCAUCGCCGACCCGCAAAACGUGCUUGAUAUCGAAAACCUCGCGUCGAAACUUGGUCCCGUGUUGCCUAGUUACGCCUGUCCCGUGUUUGUUCGCGUCGUGAAGGAGGUUGCUAUGACAGCAACGUUUAAAUUCCAGAAGAAUAAGCUGAAAGAAGAGGGUUUUAACGUGAAUUUAGUGAAAGAUCCAAUGUAUUUUUUAAAUAGCAAAACAAAGACUUACUUACCUAUAGAUUCUGAUGUUUAUAAUCAAAUUCUUGACGGGCGAAUUAGGCUUUAAACAAUUUGAGAUCGAAAAAAUUUAGAGAAGAUGGAGGUCAAGCUCUAUCGUUGAAAAUAGGUAAUUCUUAUAUUCGCAUUUUGUGCCUUGUGCUGUAGGAAAAAACCCACAAAAACUAAAAUACAAUCAAGUCUGUUUUCUUAACAUUCUUACUGUAACGAGAAGAAAUUCUGCGCAUUCUCGUAAUUAAUAUAAACAAUGAAAUCCAAUCGAAUUGUUAUUUUAGUUUUUUAUGUAUCGAUAUGUUAAAAAUACGUGAAUUUURUAAUAAAAGCAAAACGUAGGACA